UAUUCUCCGGCUUCUUAAGGACGAUUUGGAGAGUGUGCGUCAUUUGACGGUUGUGGACCACCGACAGCCCCGUACGUCAUUGACGGCUCCAUUGGCCCCACCGGAGGAGGCGGUGGCCCGUGAGAGGGAGGAGGCAAAGAGAAGGACGCAAAAACGCUGCUUCGUCUGCGGGGAGGCAGAUCACAUGGCUCGUUCCUGUCCGCGUCAGACCGCAUCACUGAAAGGCGGUCCAAGUGUCCGCUGCUUCGUCUGUGGUGCGUGGCACCACCCGACGGAGUGUGCAUUGGCGUCCCCCGUCUCGUGA